AUGCCAGUACAUCCUUCAUCUGUAGGCAAAAUAUUGUUUACUUAUUAUCCUCUAUGUUUAACAUGUAUGACAACAAUAUUGAACAGUUUGACAUUAAUAAUUCUUUAUCAAAAAGUGUUUCGUCAACGGCCAACUAUACGUUAUAUGCGUGUUAUAGCAUUGAUUGAUAUAUUUAUACUUUAUGGUUGGAAUUUAGAUCAUUUUUUUCGUUUAAAAUUUGGUUUUGAAGUUGAUCGAUUAACAGUUUUAUCAUGCAAAUUAUCAACAUAUAUUAAUCAUUUUUUAAAUCAAUCAUCAGCUUGGUUACGUGUUUGA